AAGUUAUUCUUUCUGCUUUGAUUUCUUUCAAUCCUAAUUUUGAAUCCCAAAAAGGUCAUGCUUCAAGCAUACGAUACUCUCUAAGGACUGCUUUUGUAGGAUUUCUACGGUGCAAUCACCCAUUAUUCACUGAGUCCAGAGACAAGAUAAACAAAGCAUUGCGAGCAAUAAUCCCGGGUGAAUCAAUUGAUCAAAUUGUACGUCAAGUUGAACGAAUGGCAAGAACUAUAUAUCGUGUAUCCCAUGAAAUUCGUUCCAAUAAGGGGGAACCACCAGCUAUUCAAGAACUGCAAACGGGGAAUCAGAUUAGGAACAAGAUUUCACGACUCUCAGGUGCUGCUCUUUCUGAAGAGUUGCCUGCUAAGAGAAUAGAAUUUGAGGUACCACUGAGUAUGGCACAUUCUACACAUAUGACAUCAGAUUUGCCAGAUGAUAAUGAUGAUGGAAAUGGUGAUUAUUCAUCAAACACUUCUCUAGCGAAUGGUGACUUAUCAGCAGCUGAAAAGAUGAUUGCCAUGAUCGGUGCUCUCCUGGCUGAGGGGGAAAGAGGGGCUGAAUCCCUUGAGCUUCUUAUUUCCAAUAUUCAUGCUGACCUUAUGGCAGAUAUAGUUAUAGAAACUAUGAAGCAUCUCCCCAAGAACUUAAUGGCGGUAUCAGUCUGGCACAAUAAUGCACAAUUAAAUGAAGAGACUCCCUCUUCCAGCAUUUCUUCACAGGUUGUGCCAACCGCUGCAAUUGUUUCUGCACCAACUCCAUUACCUGCUGAAUUGGCAUCCACUGCUGUAGGGACAAAUGGAGUUGGCAUUUUCAGUCCUGAUACAUCUACUGUCUCUAACCUUGCUGUUGAAGUUAGAAGGGAUCCCAGGAGGGAUCCUCGUCGUCUUGAUCCACGUCGGCCAGGGCCAGUUGGAAGUCUACACUCUGCACCUUUGAACUCAGUGAAUAGCAGUGAUGCACAAACUGUACCAUCUCAGCUAUCUAGUAAAGCUGUUCCUACUUCAGAAACUGUCAUUGUUGAACAAUCUUCCAUGCCAUUGACUUACAAAACUGAGGUGGAGCUUUCUGAAAUACCAGAUACUCAGAGAACAGGAAAAAUACAAUCAUUAGAAGCCUCAGAAGUCCAGGACAAUGCCAUGGCUAUGGAGCAAACUUCAGAUGUCCAUACACCACCAAACUUAACUUGUGAACAAACUGUUGAAGAACAGCUGGCAGAGUCUACACCAUCAGAUGCUACAGCUAAUGAUGAUGUUUAUAAUCUUCCAGAAUCCGAUGAAUUUGCUUCCCCUGAUAUUAACUCAAUGGUCCCUGAAGAGGAUUUUCAUAAUUUGAUUGCACAUCCAUCUCUACUUGAGUUAAAAGAUGAGCAGAGAAGCAAUCUGCACAGGUUAACUGUUACUCGGAUUAUCAAAGAUUACAAGAAAUUCCAUGUCACAGGAUCUAGUCAACCAUGCCUUCCAUUGCUUGCUCGUCUGGUUGCACAUAGUGGGGCUGAUGAUGACAUUCUUAUGUUUUUAGAAGAACAUAUUGUAUUGGAUUAUCCUCAUCACAAGGGCCAUGAACUUGCAAUGCAUGUCCUCUAUUACCUGCAAGCAAUAGUGAUUUCCAAGGUAGACAAUUGUUCCUCAGUGGCUACUAGUUACGAGAAAUUUCUUCUGGGAAUUGCAAAGGCAUUGUUGGAUUCCUUUCCAGCUACAGAUAAAUCCUUCAGUAAACUGCUUGUUGAAGCUCCAAUACUGCCUGACUCUUCAUUGAAAUUGUUGGAGGAUUUGUGCCAUGCAAAUUAUAAUGAGCAUCAUUUAGAAGAAACACGUGAUGGUGAUCAUGUCACUCAAGGUCUUGUUGCAACAUGGGGCUUAAUUUUGGGACGUCCUUCUUAUAGACAAGCUUGCUUGGAUAUUGCCUUGAAGUGCGCCCUUCAUCCUCAGGAAGAAGUUAGAGCUAAAGCUAUUCGAUUGGUUGCAAACAAGCUUUAUCUUCUGAACUAUGCUUCAGAUAGUAUUGAACAGUUUGCUAUGCAAAUGCUACUAUCAGUUGUUGAGCAGCAAAAUUUUGAGGAGGAUAUCAGUACUCAAAACUCGAAUGACCAACAAACAGAAGAUGAACUUAUUUGUGGCCCCAGGCCUUCAGAGCCUGCUUCUUCUGAGAGCGAAAAUAAUAAAGAUAAUCAAGCUUCUGUGAUGAAGAAACCAAUUCUUCUCCAAUUUGUAUUUGACAUAUAUGGGAAGGCUCCAAAGGUUGUCAAGCAGUCUAUUCAUCAACACAUUCCAGUCAUUGUAAAGAAUCUUAGUACAUAUUCUCACCUAUUGAAAAUAUUCUCUGAUCCUCCAGAAGGAAGUAAAAUUCUGAUUGUUUUGGUCUUGGAAACUCUAACUGAAGAGGCAACACCUUCGUCUGAGUUAAUUGCCACAGUCAAGCAUCUUUAUGAGACUAAACUGAAGGAUGCGGUUAUUCUCAUUCCAAUGCUGUCUUCUUUUUCAAAGGAUGAGGUGUUGCCUAUCUUUCCACGUCUAGUUGAUCUUCCCUUGGAGAAAUUUCAAGCUGCUUUAGCUCGCAUUUUGCAGGGAUCUGCACAUACUGGUCCUGCAUUAACUCCUGCUGAAGUAUUGAUUGCAAUUCACAAUAUUAAUCAUCAGAAAGAUGGUGUUGCACUUAAGAAGAUAACAGAUGCUUGCACAGCAUGUUUUGAGCAACGUAUAGUUUUCACUCAGCAUGUUCUAGAAAAAUCAUUGAAUCAUUUGGUUGAGCAAGUGCCCCUCCCUCUUCUUUUCAUGAGAACUGUUAUUCAAGCAAUAGAUGCCUUUCCAUCUCUGGUUGAUUUUGUUAUGGGUAUACUUUCAAAGUUAGUGACAAAGCAGAUAUGGAAGAUGCCAAAAUUAUGGGUGGGAUUUCUGAAAUGUGCUGCACAGACACAACCUCGUUCUUUUGAUGUUCUACUUCAGUUGCCAUCACUUCAUCUUGAGAGUGCUUUAAAUCGGCAUCCUAACUUACGGACUCCGCUUGCUGCUUAUGCUAAUCAACCAAACUUGAGGACUUCACUACCAUGGCAAAGCCUCAAGGUGUUGGGUGUUCUUGAUGAAAACACAAGAUGAUACAAGACCAUCUAUUCCCACAACUUUGCAGGCUCCUGAAACAAGAUCUUCAAUUCAUGGUACAGCACUUCCAUGAUAAUCAACUAAAAAGCCAAAUCUUGAUGGUUCACUUAAGGAAACCCCCUUUAACUCUCCGUGGUGACUGAGAUUCACAGACUGGCAUCCAGCUUUAGACCCAGUUUGUUGCCAGAGAGAAAAAACAAGCUUGCGAAGAAACGUGCCUAGCAAUCAGAAUGUUCAUUCGGAGGCAAUGGAAUGAUAUACAACAGUACCUAGUUCACUCACCCACACAAGAUUGUCCAGUCACGGUAGAUAUAUAACAGGCUGAAGAUUUAGAUGUAUCAUAGCUGUAUUCUAAUGGCAAAAAGUUGUUCAUCCUGAGCCCCAAUUUGUUCUUGAGACGUAUGUAGCUGGUUAAGGAUAGUUCAGGUGCCCCAAACUCGAUGCUGAAAGAUUAAAAUUUACCCAUUUUAUUGUUUUUUUUAAUUGACAUCAAUUAUCCGGCUUAGGCAACUAUGCAAUCCUAACGUUGGUUGCAUUGGAUGUUGUAUAUUAUAAUUUAUUGCGGUUCCCCUUUACAAGGUUAGUUUAGAGAUCGUGUUUU